AUGAUCUCUGACACAGCAAUUGACAGUAUCUGGACUCUGUUUGGUGAUGUGGGUUCGGAACAACAGGAUAUGAAUGACCUUCCCAAGCUACAGGAGAGGUUCCCCAGCUCUCUCGCAGGAUCCGAACCCUCCACCAGGUUGGAGCAUUCCUGCCCAGCGAAUUACCGCUGCGAGCCCAGCAGUGUCCGGGUACAAGAGCUCUUGCUUCUGGAAGGUGUUCGACAGGUGGAGGUGAUUGAGGGCUGCCAGUGCAACGCUAGUCCUUCCGAAUGUCUUCGGCUGCCGUCCCUGAAAACCUUCUUCCCAGACUCCCCUCUGGAACAAACCUUGGACGUCGGCAGGUGUUCCAAUCCAGAACAUCCCGGAGAGGGGCUUUUCUGCCUGCCCAUGGAUUUCGACUCCAUUCUGAUAAAGACCCCAAAUGGGCACCGUUCGGUUCAGAUCGUGGGGAGCUGCCGGCUGAGGGAGCCCUGUUACCGGGUCUCCCACAUGGAAUACUACUACGAGGUGGUGCUCAACUCUGCGGGAGAAAAACUGGAGCUGAUUAAGGAAAUUGAUGUUGGAAGAUGCUUAGGGCAAUGUGACCCUGGAAGUCCCUGCCUGCUAAGGUCAUCAGAGUCCCCCCCGAGGCAAGUGCCUUGGUCUGGCGGGAAGACAAUCUCGCUCACCUGCAACCCUCACCAAUACGAGAACACAAUACGCUUCCGGAGCCGAAAGCGGGGAGCUGUCGCACUGUCCUUUGCCGUCCGAGCUUGCAAAUGCGGGUCUUAA